CCGCGGCCUCCCCUCCAGUCUUUCCUAGUUGUACCGGCUCCUCCCCUCCAGUCUUUCCUAGUUGUACGGACUCCUCCCCUUCAGUCUUGCACAGGUGUACCGGCUCCUCCCCUUCAGUCUUGUACAGGUGUACCGGCUCCUCCCCUUCAGUCUUGCCCAGUUGUACAAGCUCCUCCCCUUCAGUCUUGUACAGGUGUAACCGGCUCCUCCCCUCCAGUUUUGUACAGGUGUACCAGCUCCUCCCCUUCAGUCUUGCCCAGUUGUACCAGCUCUUCCCCUUCAGUCUUGUACAGGUGUACGGCUCCUCCCCUUCAGUUUUGUACAGGUGUACAAGCUCCUCCCCUUCAGUCUUGUACAGGUGUACCGGCUCCUCCCCUUCAGUUUUGUACAGGUGUACCCACUCCACCACUUCAGUCUUGCACAGGUGUACCAGCUCCUCCCCUUCAGUCUUGCACAGGUGUACUGGCUCCUCCCCUUCAGUCUUGCACAGGUGUACCGGCUCCUCCCCUGCAGUCU